AUGUGCAUUUUUCUUACUGACUCUUAUCUAGUGCGCCUAGGACUAAUUCCACUCACGGCAUUAGAGGUCUUACCCGCUACCCUUUCAAAAAACUUUGUGGGAUCACACCCGUCAAUCUCCGAUGAAUCAAGUAAGGGGGGUAGAAUCCGCUGCUUGUAUGGAUGGUAUCGAAUCAGCUGUAGGAGGAAUAUCCGCUGUGGGACUUCACAAGCUCAUGCCAUAAAAAGUAAGCUCUUUCGGAAGAGAAGGAGUUGCAUAUAUUAUAUAAAGGCUGUUAGCAAGUCAAUUCCUUUACCUAGGGAGAAGGGCCAUUUCGCCUAG